CUACAGAGUUCCCUGUCCUCUCCCCCGGGGAAGCUCAGGUGGCACCGGUCUGGUUUCUGUCACCCUGUGACCUGCAGGUACUGGGCGAUUCAUAGGGAGGAUGUUGGGACACCCAGGCCACUGGGAAAUGGACUCAGUAUCCUUCGAGGAUGUGGCUGUGAACUUCACCUAUGAAGAGUGGGCUUUGCUGGAUCAUUUCCAGAAGAACCUCUACAGAGAUGUGAUGUGGGAAACCUUCAAGAACCUGUCUUCUAUAGAAAACAAAUGGGAAGUCCAGAACAUUGAAGAUGAGUACAAAAUUCCUGAGAGACAUCUAAGAACUUAUGUGGUGGAGAGACUCUGUGAAAGUAAAGAAGGUUUUCAGUCCGGAGAAAUCUUUAACCAUAUUCCAAAUCUUAAUCUGAAGAAAAUUCCUACUGGAGUAAAACCAUGUGAAUGCAGUGUAUGUGGAAUUGUCUUUACAUGUCACUCAUCCCUUGAUAUGCAUACCUUAUCUCACUCUGGAUGCAAACCAUACGAGUGUAAUGAAUAUGGAGAGAAGCCAUAUAAAUGUAAACAAUGUGAUAAACAAUUUAAACGUUUCAGUUCCUUUCAAGUACAUGAAAAAGUUCAUGCUGAAGAAAAACACUUUGUAUAUAAAAAAUAUGAUAAACCAUUCAAUUUUCCCAGUUUUCUUCAAACACAUAAAAAGACUCAUACUGGAGAGAAACCUCAUAAAUGUAAGGAAUGUGGUAAAUCAUUCAAUUUUCCCAGUUACCUUCAAAUACAUGAAAGAAUUCAUACUGGUGAGAAACCCUAUGCAUGCAAGGCAUGUGGUAAAGCCUUUAGAUCUUCCACUUCCCUUCAAAAACAUGAAAGAUUUCAUACUGGAGAGAAACUCUACAAAUGUAAAGAAUGUAGUAAAGUCUUCAUAUGUUCCACUGACCUUCAAAUACAUAAAAGAACUCAUACUGGAGAAAAACCCUGUGAAUGUAAGAGAUGUGGGAAAGCCUUUCGAUGCUGUAGUUCCCUUAGGAAACAUGAAAGAACUCAUACUGAAGAGAAACCCUACAAAUGUAAGGAAUGUGGGAAAGCAUUCUAUUUUCCCAGCUGCCUUCAAAGACAUGAAAAAACUCAUACUAGAUUAAAGCCCUAUAAAUGUAAAAUAUGUGGUAAAGCCUGUAGCAGUUACAUUUCCCUUCAAAGACAUGGAAGAUCUCAUACUAGGGAGAAACCCUAUGAAUGUAGGGAAUGUGGGAAAACAUUCAGUUUUCUCAGUUUCCUUCAAAGACACAAAAGAUCUCAUACUAGAGAGUAA